AGGAGGAGGCGGCGGCGGCGAGGAGAAACCGAGGGAGGGCGACGAGAGGAGGCCGGGCCGGCGGCGGCGGGAGAGGCCGAGCGAGCGCUUUCGAGGUCCGGGAUGCCCUACAAGCUGAAGAAAGAGAAGGAGCCUCCAAAGUCUACUAAAAGCACUACGAAAGCCAGUAGCAGCAGCGGUAGCAGCGGCGGCGGCGGCGGUGGCAGCAGCAGUGGCAGUGGCAAAGAUGGAGGCACGGAGAAUUCAGAAGAGGUCCAGCAGCAGCAGCAGCAGCAGCAGACCUCGAAUAAGCGACCCAGCAACAGCACCCCCCCACCAACCCAGCUGAAUAAGAUCAAGUAUUCAGGGGGACCCCAGAUUGUAAAGAAGGAGCGGCGGCAGAGCUCCUCCCGCUUCAACUUAAGCAAAAACCGGGAACUCCAGAAGCUCCCUGCCCUUAAAGAUGCACCUCCUCACGAACGGGAAGAACUCUUUAUACAGAAGCUGCGGCAAUGCUGCGUCCUCUUUGACUUUGUCUCUGACCCGCUCAGUGACUUGAAGUUCAAAGAGGUGAAGCGAGCGGGCCUCAACGAGAUGGUGGAAUACAUCACACACAACCGGGAUGUUGUCACAGAGGCCAUUUACCCCGAAGCUGUUAUCAUGUUUUCAGUAAAUCUCUUCCGUACGCUUCCCCCGUCGUCCAAUCCUACGGGAGCAGAAUUUGACCCUGAGGAAGAUGAACCUACGCUAGAAGCUGCUUGGCCACACCUCCAGCUGGUUUAUGAAUUCUUUCUGAGGUUCCUGGAAUCCCCAGACUUCCAACCAAACAUAGCCAAGAAAUAUAUUGACCAGAAGUUUGUAUUGUCACUGCUGGACCUGUUUGACAGUGAAGAUCCCAGAGAGCGGGACUUUCUGAAGACUAUUUUGCAUAGGAUUUAUGGGAAAUUCUUGGGCCUCCGAGCGUAUAUAAGGCGGCAGAUCAACAACAUAUUUUACAGGUUUAUUUAUGAGACAGAACACCAUAACGGAAUUGCAGAACUGCUAGAGAUUUUAGGGAGUAUAAUCAAUGGAUUUGCUUUGCCCCUGAAGGAAGAGCACAAGAUGUUCCUCAUCCGGGUCUUGCUGCCGUUGCACAAAGUGAAAUCUCUGAGCGUCUACCACCCCCAGUUGGCAUACUGUGUGGUGCAGUUCUUGGAGAAAGACAGCAGCCUGACCGAACCGGUGAUUAUGGGCUUGCUGAAGUUUUGGCCAAAAACACACAGUCCCAAGGAGGUGAUGUUCCUGAAUGAGCUGGAAGAAAUAUUAGAUGUCAUUGAACCCUCGGAGUUUGUGAAGGUUAUGGAACCCCUGUUCAGGCAACUGGCGAAGUGUGUCUCCAGCCCACACUUCCAGGUGGCCGAGAGGGCGUUGUACUAUUGGAACAAUGAAUACAUCAUGAGCUUGAUCAGUGACAAUGCAGCCAAAAUUCUCCCCAUCAUGUUCCCGGCACUCUACAAGAAUUCCAAAAGUCAUUGGAACAAGACAAUCCAUGGGUUGAUCUACAAUGCACUGAAGCUGUUCAUGGAGAUGAACCAGAAGCUGUUUGACGACUGCACACAGCAGUACAAGGCAGAGAAGCAGAAAGGACGGUUCAGGUUGAAGGAACGAGAAGAGAUGUGGCACAAGAUUGAGGAACUGGCCCGCCAAAAUCCUCAGUACCCCAUGUAUUGCGCCCCCCCACCCUUGCCUCCUGUUUAUUGCAUGGAGACGGAGACCCCCACUGCAGAGGACAUACAGCUACUGAAGAAAACGAUGGAAACGGAGGCUGUGCAGAUGCUGAAAGACAUAAAGAAGGAGAAGGUUUUGCUGCGUCGGAAAUCGGAGCUUCCCCAGGACGUCUACACCAUAAAGGCCCUGGAAGCGCACAAGAGAGCGGAAGAAUUCCUCACCUCGAGCCAGGAGGCGCUCUGACGGGCUAGGGAGCCCCUGGAGGGAACACAGAAAUGCACUUUGUUCUAAUGUAUAACUAGGGAAUGAACAUGGUGAGCUGUGCCUGUCCUCCGCUCCAUUCUCAUUCUUUCAGGUUAGAUUUGAUUUUACAUUGUACCUCAUAUCCCCCACGACACUGUCACUCCCUCCUGCUUUCUCCUCUUUACAAAGCUGUUUUUUGUGUGCACGUGUGAAAGGGAGCCUAGCCCCAUCCAUGAGGGGGUCAUUCCACACAAGGGUCAUCCCUGCUCCUCCUCCUGUUCCCCCCUCCCCCCCCGUCAAUCUACUCCAGUCCCAGGACCAAAGCAUUGAGAGUUCAGCCGCAAACUUACAGCAGCCUUAGCCCAAGCUGGCGCCCUGCAGAUGUUGUGGACCACAAAUCCGAUCAGGUAGUCCCGAACAUCUGGAAGGCACCAGAUGGUCAAAGGCUGGUGCUACAGUAAUAAUUCACUACAGCCCCCUAGCAAUUGUUUAUAUCCCCCCCUUUUUUAUCUACACCCCACACAAUGAUAUGGUCUGAAGAACGCAACGUAUUAUGUGAAACUGGCAGAGCUGCGCGUUACAGUCUGCUUCCUAGGGAUCAAGGCAGGUUUGUUCCUUGGGGACCAAGCUAGAUUUAGGAACAUAGUUUUGCUCCCCACCCCCUCACCCCGGAAUAAAUGGCUAAUUAGAGAGUA